AGAUUCUCUUCCCCUGGGGGCUAAAGCUUCCGUUAACCUUCGAUAACCAUCGUUCUUGCUGCUAAUUGUCGUCUCCGUCGCAGAUUAUGGAGUCUAUGUCCCACUCUUCGACCUUUCUUCUGCCUGUGAUUCCGCCGGAGAAGAACCGCCCUUCCUUAACCAACGCACUCGUUAUUCUGAACCAGCGUCUACCGAGAUUCGCUCCUCUGCUUUGGGAGCACGCACAUACACGAGUUUGCGCUGAUGGAGGUGCCAAUCGGUUGUACGAUGAAAUGCCUCUGCUCUUGCCCCAUGAAGAUGCCUCAUAUGUUCGAACCAGGUACGUGCCAGAUGCAAUUAAAGGUGACAUGGAUUCAAUACGAUCUGAAGUACUUGACUUCUAUAAAGUUCUGGGAACUAAGAUAAUGGAUGAAUCUCAUGAUCAGGACACCACAGAUUUGCACAAAUGUGUUGCCCACAUCCGUGGCUGUACUUCAGAUAUGGAUAAAUCAUCACUAAGGAUUCUUGUAACUGGAGCACUUGGUGGGCGAUUUGACCAUGAGAUUGGAAAUAUAAAUGUUCUGUGCCGUUUCUCUGAUACUCGAAUUAUUCUUCUAUCUGACGAUUGCCUCAUUCACCUUCUUCCAAUGAAUUAUCAUCAUAAGAUCUAUAUUCAGUCUUCCGUCGAGGGUCCACACUGUGGACUCAUCCCCAUUGGGAUGCCAUCUAGAAGUUCUACUACCACUGGGCUCCAGUGGGAUCUCAAUGAUACCGAGAUGAAAUUUGGUGCUUUAGUAAGCACAUCGAAUAUUGUAAAAGGCGAGGUAGUCACAGUACAGUCGGAUUCAGAUCUUCUGUGGACAAUUUCUAUCAAGAAGCCCUAGUAUUUUUGAUGAUUCAGGACACAUUUGAUCUUUCGGAUCUAUCAUGCCUGCGCAGAUGAAUCCUACAGGCUAUUUCUUUUUCCAACAUUUCUGAUGUUCUAUUUUGUUCUUAACUCUGUGCAUAAGGGGAGGUGUAUUUAAUUGACUUUUAAAUGUCUAGGAAUGGUGAAAUUCUAUCCCUUACUAGUCUUGGAAUCUCUCUCUCUCUCUCUCUCUCUCUCUCUCUCUCUCUCUCUCUCGGAAGUUACAUUCCUUAGCUCGUGUAUUAUGCCACUGAGUGAAAUUAACGGGAAAAUAUGCCGCCAAAAGACUAAGCAGAUGAAGGAUCAUCCGGUGGAUUGUUUCUGGUAAUCAUCCAUCUUCGGCAUCGAAGUAGAACGCAGACAACAAGAACAGCAUAUUUAUUAAUAUAUAUGCACCCUUAUGGGCCUUCAUUAUAUGUGUUCCAGUUACUCGAUGUACAGUUAAUCGGACAGCUGCAUGGCGUAGCUAGCUUGGUUAGUAUCUGGGGACUGAAGUUGCUUCGGCCCAAAACAGGAAAUGUGUAGACUUGACUAUCUGGUUCUGGGAAAAUGAGCACAGAGGGCCCUUUUCGGU